AUGGAAGGGGGUGCCAGUGUGGCAGAUAAUGCUGAGUUUAAGGAGUGCUUGCGCCUGAUUUGGAGCCAGCCUUAUAUUCUUCGACUUGUUUUCUCUGCUGGCAUCGGCGGUCUUCUUUUCGGAUAUGAUACAGGUGUAAUAUCUGGAGCUCUUCUGUUCAUCCGAGAUGAUUUUGUUGAGUUACAAAAGAACACUACUCUAAGGGAAACAAUAGUGAGUAUGGCUGUAGCUGGAGCUAUCGUUGGAGCCGGACUUGGUGGCUGGAUGAAUGACAAAUUUGGAAGGAGGCCUUCCCUCAUUAUCGCAGAUGUUCUGUUCCUUGCAGGUGCCGCUAUCAUGGCCUUUGCCCCGUCACCUGCUGUUAUCAUUGUUGGGAGGGUCUUUGUUGGUCUUGGAGUUGGAAUGGCUUCCAUGACAGCGCCUCUGUACAUCUCCGAAGCCUCCCCGGCUAGAAUAAGAGGGGCGCUAGUGAGCACAAAUGGCCUUCUUAUCACUGGAGGGCAGUUCAUGGCAUACCUUAUUAAUCUGGCAUUCACCAAGGUGCCGGGAACUUGGAGGUGGAUGCUUGGCAUUGCAGGAUUCCCUGCCCUUCUUCAGUUCAUACUAAUGCUGACGCUCCCAGAAUCACCAAGAUGGCUAUACAGGCAGGGCAGGAAAGAAGAAACUGCUGCCAUCCUGCGGAAGAUCUAUCCUGCAAAUGAGGUGGAAGAAGAGAUUGAGUCCUUGCGAAAAUCAGUUGAAGAUGAGAUGCUCCUGGAGGGGUCCAUAGGCGAGCAGAGCCUAUUUGGCAAGCUGAAGAAGGCAUUUGGAAGCAAGGUUGUCCGCCGUGGCCUCGUGGCCGGCGUCGUUGUGCAGGUCGCCCAGCAGUUCGUCGGCAUCAACACCGUCAUGUACUACAGCCCGACGAUCGUCCAGCUGGCAGGUUUUGCGUCCAACAACACAGCCAUGGCCCUCUCACUCAUCACCUCAGGACUUAAUGCCAUGGGCUCGAUCGUGAGCAUGUUCUUCGUGGACAGGGCCGGCCGAAGGCGCCUGAUGCUCCUCAGUCUAGUUGGCAUCAUCGUGUGGCUCGCCGUGCUUGGCGGCACCUUCCUCGAAGCCGCGCACGAUGCCCCACCUAUCAGCGACAUGGAGACGCGCCCGUUUGCUAACCAGACAUGCCCAGAGUACAACCCCAAAGUCCGCUGGAGCUGCAUGGACUGCCUCAGGGCCGCAUCCACGUGCGGGUUUUGUGCUCAUCAAGGAAACACGCUUCUUCCCGGCGCUUGCCUGGCACUGAACAACGAAACGCGAGGGAUGUGCCAUGCCGACCACGACCGUGAGUUCUACUCGGAAGGGUGCCCAAACAACUACGGGUGGCUGGCGCUGCUCGCGCUGGGCGCAUACAUAGUCUCCUACUCGCCCGGAAUGGGCACCGUGCCAUGGAUCGUCAACUCGGAGAUAUACCCACUGCGGUUCAGGGGAGUCUGUGGCGGCAUCGCCGCGGUGGCCAACUGGGUGUCCAACCUCAUCGUGACGCAGACGUUCCUGACCCUGACCAAGGUGCUGGGCUCGGCGGCCACCUUCUUACUCUUCUGCGGUGUCUCGUUCUUGGCGCUCAUCGUCGUGUUCCUCACCGUGCCGGAGACCAAGGGCCUGCAGUUCGAGGAGGUGGAGAAGAUGCUUGAGAGCAAGGACUACAAGCCUUGGAAGCGGUAUCACCCCGAGGUGCCGACGAAAGGGCGGGAAACUGGGCUCUAUAUGCCGUGAAAUCGGCAUCGACGCUAGCUGUUUGAAUUCGUCGGUUCUAAAGUAGGAUCUGUAGCAAUAAUCGUACUGUACAAGACUUUUGCGUAGAGGCCUGCGUCGCGUUUAGUCAUUCUAGUUACAU